UACUGUCUUACUAGAGUAAAACGGUGUAAACGCGAGUGUGUUGCGGGGAUCAGAGCGCAAUGGCGUCGCGGUGCAUCGCGUUCAUCGCUUUGCUGUGGGAGUUGCAGUUCUGCGUGUGCCGAGAGGUCACUCUUCCCGCCGGGCCGCUGUAUCGGGUCGCAGGUUUCUCGCUGUCCCUGCCCUGCGCCGUUUCAGGAUACGAAGGCCCACGGACGCAGGAUUUCGAGUGGUACCUAUACCGGGAGGAUGCUGGGGGUCGGCAGAUCGGUGUGGUGUCCACGCGGGACGCAGGCUUUCCAUACGCGCCGUUCCAGAGUCGCGUGCAGGUCGGCGAGGUUCGGGUCGAGAGGGAUUCGGGCGACAAAGCCAGACUGAUCAUCCAGAGGCUGCGUCCAGAUGAUCAGGGCCGUUACGAGUGUUACACGCCCAGCACUGACACCCGCUUCCUAGGGAACUACAGCUCAUCAGUGGUGGUCAAAGUGAUUCCUGACACGCUGCUCAUAACACACUCUCGAAUUCUGAGCGGCCAACCCGUUAUCGAAGGCACGGAGCUUCAGCUGACGUGCGCCGCGUCCGUCCAAUCGGAUCAGCACACUCACGUGUCCGUCACGUUCGGCGUGCGCAGCAGCAGGGGCCCGGAGUCUCAGGGCCACAACCUCCGAGAGAUCAUCUCCAUCGACCGCGAGCUGCGCGUGACUCCGGGCCGCAGCGGCACCUACGGGAAGAGAUACGGGGACGGAGAGAUCGCUGUGGAGAAGCGCAGAGGGGACGGAGGCCGGGAUCUGUACGCGCUGAAGAUGAGCGCUCUGGCACCCGAGGAUUCUGGGUCGUAUUUCUGCGAGGCGGAGCAGUGGAUCAGAGAUCCGGAUGGCAAAUGGGAACGCAUCGCACAGAGGACCAUGGAGCUCGGGAAUCUCACCGUUCAACCGCUUGCGGACACCCUGAGCGUGCGUUUGCUCCCGGACGGUGACGUCCCUCUGCGGCCCGGCGCUCCGCUCUGCCUCCGCUGUCUGGUGCUGGGUGUAGGUGCGUGGAAGCGCUCGGCGCUGCAGGUGCAGUGGAUGCGGCGCGGGCCGGAGGGCGAGGUGGAGGUGGAGGUGGCGCGCGUGGAUCCCGACGGCGUGGUGGUCUGGGCUGAUGAUCUCAGCAGGGCGGGAGGCGGCAGCGUGGAGAAGGAGGCUGGCGGGAGCUUCUCUCUGCGUCUGUUCUCCGUUCGCCCCGCUGACACCGGACUCUACCGCUGCGCCGUGAGCGUCUACGCCGGGAGGAAAACACCAGCACCGGAGAGUCCAGCCACGAUCACACAGAGAUCAGAGUGGGUCACUGUUAGCCUGAAGACUGAAGAGGUGCGCGUAUCUGCUAGCGUUGGUUUACCGCGUCGGCCGCUCCUGAAGCGCGGCAGCACCGUCGCCCUGCUCUGCAACAUCUCUGUGCAAACCACCCGAGCUUCACGAGUCGAGGUGCAGUGGCUUCAGGAGCAGGCGAGCAAAGACGCCGCUCUUUCUGAGGACAGCAGAGGCCGCGUCCUCGCGACUCUGAGCUACGACGGCCUGACGCUCAUCUACAGCAACGGCAGCAGCUUGAGCGUGGACCGUGUGUCUGCUGGCUGCUUCAGGCUGAGGAUCUUCUCGGCCGCUGAAGAGGAUCAGGGACACUAUCAGUGUCGAGCCGAGGUUUGGGCGCAGGAUCCACGCGGCGGAUGGUACAACACCGGCGCUAAAGCCGAGUCAGAGACUGUACACCUGUACCUGUACGCACGAGUCACUGAUCUGCUGCUCGUACCUCUCGCGAUCGGCGUGUCGUCGGCUCUGUUCGUGGGCGUGCUGAUCAUCGCCACUGUGACCUGCUGCUUCAUGAACACACUGGCUAGACAGCGCUCACGCAUACGGAAGUAGGAAGUAUGAAAGAGACUUUCAUGGAAAACAUUCAGUUAGUUAAAUGGAGCAAAGAAAAAUGGGUUAUAAACAGGUUUAAGGUAUUUUGGCAGACUUGACGUAAUGUGCACUCACACUUGGGAAGGAAAUCAGAACGAUACUGAAAAUGUUCUGGACCGUCACGUUAUAUUAAUCCACGUGUGGAUGCUAACAGUUGCAUAUACACAAAUGCACGCAGAUACACUUGAAGCUGUGACAUUGUGAUUUGCACCGGUUCUAUCCGCUCCACUUUGACAAAGUUGAAUAUUGCUCUGUGCAUUUGCUCAGAAUGAAUGAAAGGACAUCACGUGGUGGAUAUAAACCACUCGCUCUGUUUAAACUAGUGACUCUAGCGAGAACCAGCAGAACCACUAAUAAUAAAUCCACAGAUGUCCAGCACUGAAAUCACUCACUGUUUUUGCACUGCUAUUAAACCCGCUCAUAAUAAGUGUGAGAUCAACAGAAUACUUGUAAAACACUUUUAUGGCACUUUACGGCAUGCCAUAUUUUGUCAUCUUUUCACCCUUGUAUUCAGAAUGAAAUGCAUUGAAAAUCCUGAGCAGUUCCAGUGAAAUGGGAGCAAGUCCCUCACUAGUGCACGUUUGUUGUCAUAAAGUUAGUUCAUUCUUAUGUUUUGCACUGUAAAUGGUGAAUUUCACAAAGAAAUGUCUGGGUC